CAACUAUCACAGCAGCAUCCUCUGGAAAGAGGAUGCGCUACGAAUUUUUUGGGCUCAUAACAUGUAGGACAACCUCAUUUAAAAAAUUGAGGACUACAUUGGUGUUAAAAAAUGGUUCCUUAGCAAGAAACAUAGCCGGGUGAAGAGGUAUGCAAUAACGAUAUGUAAGAGCAAAAUGUUUCUUUCUUUCAGAUUCGGCUUUGCGACACUCCAAGAGGACGUGGAGGACGGUCAGCCUCUCACCACAUCGACCAGUUUGGCGGUUCAUCUCAUAUUAGGCUUCCCGACACUCCAGGAGGACGUGGAGUACGGUCAGCCUCUCCCCGCAUCUACCACAGGUUGGAGGCCCACUUCCGACGUAUCCUGACUUUUCUCUCCACCGCAUAGAAUGAACAUCUGUGUCUCGAUGAAGACUGUCGGAGCACUGUUGCUGCUUUCAACGCUGGUUUCUACACAGGAGGCCGCAAAAUUCGGCGAGUGCACAUUCCCCGGCGUGGACCUGGAGCAAGCGGUGGACGCGUUCCUGCAGCGGCUGCCGAUGUCCUACGAAAUCCCGAAAUCGGAAGGCGGCGAGCUGCUGCCGGGGCUUCACAUUGGCAACACCACUCUGCUGGGACUGUCCACACUGGCGAUGCGUGGCGCCCCGCGGCCCUUUUGCCGAAAGGGCAAGCCGAUGCUCGAAGUCCCCGUGAGCACGCAGGGAGCGCUGCGUUUCGUGGCACCGUGGAGGUACUGCUCUGGUCACUCGGGCGAGGUGUCGACAACCUCUAGUUAUGUUACACUCAACGUCCUAUUCGAGGUGACGGAAAACGGGCUGGUUCCGGUGGACGUGUGGCUCACCUGGCUGGAGGGAACAUACGUGUUGCUGCACGGUGCCUCGGAUGCUGGCAGCAUAGCGGCCGCGGUGCUCACCAAGCUGCUGCCGUCCGUCGUCAGGGACUUCUGGGUCGAACAGGUGGCCUGGCGCUCGAGUUCCGUAUUCCAAGCAGUCACCGCUAAUGGGAACAACUAAAAAGCCUCAACGCAUGCCCUGCUAUGAUGUUUUAACAUUUCUCUUUUGUAAUUUGCUGACACACCUGACCCUUACGCUUCAACAGAAUAUAAAUGCUCUUUUUUGAUUAAACAUCUACAUGCACUCUA